AUGUUUUUGAUGAAACUCAAGAAAGCUGGGAGACGUAUAUCGACGUAUUUCUUUGCUGCAAACGAUGUCGACGACAAUCAUCAAGUGCCAACUCUGCUGAGUUUGAUUGGAAGCAAAACGUACUCAUUAUUAAAGGAUUUACUUUUGCCAGAAAAGCCUGCAGACAAGAACUUUGAUGAAAUAGUAAGUACAUUACAGAAGCAUUUAAAUCCUAAACCACUAGAAAUAACCGAACGGUUUCGUUUUUAUAAGAUAAAUCAGCAAGAAGGGGAGGGCAUUUUAGGUUAUGUAGCUGAGUUAAAGAAAUUAACCACACAUUGCAAUUUUGGAAGUAACUUGGGAGAAACCUUGCGCGACAGAUUGGUGUGUGGAUUAAGUAAUCAGCAAAUUCUGAAACCUCUCCUUGCAGAGUCGAAAUUAAAAUUCUCCAAAGCUGCUGACAUAGCAGUUGCUAUGGAAACAGCCACUCGAGAUGCUACAGAGAUCCACAGCGAGGGUAGAGAAGAAAAACCUCUUGGUCUUGACAAACUGACACUGAACAGACCCUCGAAUAGAUCAGAUAGUGGCCCACCUUCCCCUGUAGUGUGUUAUCGAUGUGGAGCUAAUACUCAUGUUGCAACUGAGUGUAGAUUUAAGAAAGAAGUCUGUCACAAGUGUGGAAAGAGAGGUCAUAUUUAAAGAGCUUGCCGGUCACAACAAAGCCAGGGGCCCGGUAGACCCUCGCCCAGAUCAAGAUACCAGAAAUCGACCAAUUCCAUAGAGACCGAACCAGAUAAGUAUGGACACUUGUUGAAUAACCUAGAAGUUCAUAAUGUAAACAAAUCAAACAAUGAUGUCAUAUGGGUUGAUGUGAAAGUUGAAAAUCAACCACUAUCCAUGGAAAUAGACACAGGAUCGGCCGUGUCCAUUUUGCCAUGUGACAUGUUCUUGGAAAAAUUUCGCGACAAGAAGUUAGAGAAAACAACCACUGUACUAAAGACCUAUACUGGUGAACUGAUCGUUCCAGUUGGUUGCCUUACCAUGCAAGUUGAAUACUUAGAUCAAUUAUGUCUAUUGCCAUUCCAUGUAGUCCAGACUAAGGGUCCAGUGUUAAUGGGUCGAGAUUGGCUUCACAAGCUUCGCCUCAACUGGAAAACCAUUAAGUUGUUGAAAGCCUCAGAUCCCAGCCAUAGAAAUCCUGGCACGACUACACAAGGGAUACUGAAAAACCUAUUGGAUACGUAUGCAGAGGUUUUUGAAGACAAGCUGGGAACUUUCAAAUCUGCCAAAGCAAGGAUAACUCUUAAAGAAGGUAGUCAACCACAGUUUCGCAAAGCUCGUCAGGUCCCAUAUUCCUUACGACCGAAAGUGGAGGAAAAACUGAAGAGACUUCAGAGCGAAGGUAUUUUGUCGAAAGUAGAGUGGAGUGAUUGGGCGACACCGAUUGUACCAGUGCCGAAACAAGAUGGUUCAGUCCGUAUUUGUGGUGACUUCAAAGGUACUAUUGACUACUAUUAACCCAACACUACAAGCAGAACAGUAUCCUCUGCCUCGAAUCGAAGAUAUCUUUGCCCAUUUAGCUGGUGGGAAAAAGUUUUCCAAGAUCGACCGCCGCCAAGCUUACCAUCAGAUUGAGCUGCAAGAAGAAUCCAAGAAGUACCUUACACUUAAUACGUCCAUGGGCUUGUUUCAAUACAAUCGAUUGGUGUUUGGUAUUACAUCGGCUCCCGCCAUUUCGCAGCGUACCAUGGAUCAGCUUCUGGAAGGAACUUCUGGUAUUAGUUGUAUCCUAGAUGAUAUGAUUGUGACCGGUAAAAGCGACGGAGAGCAUAUGGCUAACCUGGAGGAGGUCUUUCGACGGCUGCACCACCAUGGGUUAAGAGCCAAUAAAUCGAAGUGUGAGUUCUUCAAAGAGAAGAUCACGUUCUGUGGCCACGACAUUAAUAGCGAAGGCCUACACAAGACCACCGACAAGACAGCUGCAAUGGUGAAUGCCCCUCGCCCCCAGAGUGUUGCAGUCUUGCAGAGGUACGCUCCUUCCUAAGAUUGGUGAAUUAUUACUACAAAUUCCUGCCAAACCUUGCUACAAUCAUAGAUUAUAUAUCAUACCAGAUGUCUCACUCAGCCAAAAUUGUGUCCGCGAUUUUUAUCAGCACGCGUUGGCCGCCAUUUUGGCAGUAAGCGUAAUCCACUCCAUGAAACGUGAGCAAUCACGCAUUUUGGCAGUAAGCGCCAUUUUGGCAGUAAGCGCCAUUUUGGCAGUAAGUGUCGCACGCGUCAUCUGGCGUGAUAGCCUCGCGAAAAUCGCGGACAUGACACUAGUAUGAUCUAUAAUCUAUGCUACAAUCCUGCAUCCAUUGAACCAAAUGCUGGAAAGUAACUACCAAUGGAACUGGACAGAUCAAUGCGAAGAAGCCUUUUGCAAAGUUAAAGCAAUGGUUGUUUCAGAUCUGGUGCUUACACAUUAUGAUCCUAACCUUCCCUUACAACUGGCUUGUGAUGCUUCACCUGUAGGAAUUGGAGCGGUACUGUCCCAUGUCAUGACAGACGGAACAGAGCGACCGAUAGCGUUUGCAUCGAGAUCCCUGUCGAAGGCGGAGCGCAACUACGCACAGAUAGAUAAAGAAGCGCUUGCUACAGUGUGGGGAGUCAAGAAAUUCCACAAUUGCCUUUUCGGUAGGAACUUUACCUUACUGACUGAUCAUGAGCCUCUCACUUCAAUCUUUCAUCCCAGCAAAAGCCUUCCUGUUGUUGACAGUUCACUGUGGUGUCCUAAUGCUUGGACACAGAGCAGUCAUUCCUGCAAAGUUGCGUAAUCAAGUGUUAACCGAGCUUCACGAAGGUCACCUCGGUAUUGUUAAAAUGAAGUCUCUGGCGCCAAGUUACAUCUAGUGGCCCAAAAUUGAUAAGGACAUUCAGCACCUAGCGAAGAGCUGCCCUGGUUGUCAACUUCAACAGAAUGAAGCCGGCAAAGUACCACUACACCCCUGGGAAUGGCCAACCACACCUUGGCAGAGAAUCCAUUUAGAUUUUGCUGGGCCGUUCCUAGGACGAAUGUUCCUUAUCAUUGUAGAUGCACACUCGAAGUGGCCUGAAGUGGAAAUAAUGCCAUCCACCACAUCGACGCAAACCAUUGACCGACUUCGAACCAUUUUUCCCCGAUAUGGAGUGCCAGCACAGGUGGUGACCGACAAUGGGCCACAAUUUACAUCCGCAGAGUUCCAACUAUUUUUAAAGACUAAUGGUAUCAAGCUUAUUACCACGGCCCCAUUCCACCCUGCAACCAACGGUCAAGCGAAACGUUUUGUUCAGAGUUUCAAACAUGCUAUGAAAUGCGAGAAACAAAGUGCAUCCCAGCUGAAAACCAAUAUGGCAAAGUUCCUUUUGGCUUACCGGAAUAGCCCGCAUUCGACUGGAGAAUCACCGUCCGUGUUGUUUUUGGGCAGACCGCUAUGGACUCGCCUCGAUUUGGUGAAACCUGAUUUACAAAGGAAUUCGAAAGUGAUGAACAGGCAAAUCGAUCAAGCGGGAAGGAAAGGACAUUCCCCCACACGCCAGUUAUCCAUUGGUCAGACAGUCAUGGCACGUAACUACAGUGGAAAAGACAAGUGGCUACCAGGCAUAGUUCGAGCUCAAACGGGACCCCUUUCGUACGAGAUAAAAGUUUGUCCAAAUCGAAUUUGGCGACGUCACAUCGACCAGCUUCGAGCCUCGAGUGUGA